AAAGUGUCACAGGAGCCGCCCCUAAUCCGGUGUGCACGUGUCCCGGAAGUAACGACGUUGUUGUGAUUUGGCAGAAUAUAUCUCGAUGGGCAGAACUCGCAAUGGAAGAACUUUACAUCAAACCGGGUAACCAGGAGCGGGGCUGGAAUGAUCCACCUCAGUUUUCCUACGGAUUGCAGACAGCCCAGGGCGGGCCUAAACGGAACCUUCUCAAUAAAAGAGUACCCCCGCCGCAGUUACAAGGACCGCAAAGUCCUGUUCCUGGUGGGGCUCCUCCCCCCAUCCACUCAACUCCACCCCUGAACCCAUUGGCCCCACCCCCGUGUGCUGCGGCCACACCCCUACCACCAUGUUCUGCUCCCAAGCAACAUGCAGACUCUCCCUCCGCCCAAUCAGAGUGUGAGCCUGACCUGGAUGACAUCAAUGUGGUCCUCAACUGGGCACUAACUGCCUGCAGACAGUCUGUAAAGAAGCAGGUCUGUGAUGAUGUUGAAAGGCGACUUAAGAUCUUGGAGGAGGUGUGGAGAGCCGGUAAACUGUCCCUCCCUGUUAGAAGACGAAUGAGCCUGCUGGCUGAAGAGAUGAAGAGCAGGAAGUGGGCGAGGGCGGAUGAGAUUCAUCGAGCUCUGAUCGUAGAUUACGUCAACGAGGUCAGCCAGUGGAUGGUGGGAAUCAAGCGUCUCAUCGCAGAGACCCGCCAACUGAGCGCUGACACACUGGACCAGAACCAGAACCAGGAAGCGCUUCACGGUGCUGAAGCUGGCCCGGAGUAGCCCGGCUACUCCGGGUCUGAUGAACCAGGUUUGCGGAGCGGUUUCCGAGUCAGUGUGGACCACACAAACAUAUCUUUCCUCCACAUGCAUGUUGAAAAGCCAUCGUUUGGCACUGUUGGUCUGGACUGAAGGGACGUUCCGAGGAAAUGUGGAAGCUGCUAUGGUGAUUAUAGACCUUGCGUAGAAUGAUGCGUUUGUUCUCAGUGACAUCAUGUACUGUAUUCCAUUUUCUUUCAUGAGUUUAUGUCCAUCUCCCAUUUGUAUUCAUUUUAUUUUAAUACUGUAUUCUAAACUGAGUGCUGGUAUUUCUAGUUGGUGACAGAGUCAACUUUGAAGAUGGCGGCAGACCUGGAAGCCAGUGUCAUGUGACUCUCGCGUCGUCUAGCAGUGCUGUGGACAGUGAUUAGUUUAGUAUUUCAUAUCAUUGGUAAUUCACAUUAGUUUCAUUACCGCACAUGCAGUGGGUGUUGGGUUUGAAGUGUGAAGUGUUGAUGCCAGAGGUCUUGACCUCAGAUUGAGUGAGUUGUUUUCUGGCUUUUGCAUAAAACUUGGUUUACACAUUUUUACUUCUUGGUUUAUGAAAAGGCACAGACAUGGAGGGUCAAGGAUUGUUUUUUGAUCUAUUUUAUUUAUAAAUGAGACAUCAUCAGGUUGCAAUAUUGAAAAAUAACUGUCCAGACAAAAGCAAAAACCAUAAAAAGUUAUCAGGAUGUCAUUGCAAGAAUUAUACAAAUACUUCAAACCAAAGUAAGUGUUCUGUAGUUUUACAUGUAUUGAGAGGUCAUUUUAAUUGAUUCAGUGAUGGCCGAUGAUGGUGUGGCUGGUUCUGUGUCACAUACAGUUAAAGGUCCACACGCAUCAGCGUUCUCUUCCUGGUUUUAUCUGAAAUGGCCAUGAAACGUUUGCAGUGACGUAGGUUAUUUGAAAAGUCCCUAACCCCUCCCCGUCCUGUGAUCAGAUCUCUGUGUUAACAUUUAGCAACUUCAUCCGAUAAUUAAGCGAAAUCCUAUGUCAUGUCACAUAGGGCGACUUGGCUCAGGCAGUAAGAGCAGUCUUCUGGCAGUCAGAGGGUUGCCGGUUCGAUCCCCUGCUCGGGCUGUGUCGAAGUGUCCCUGAGCAAGACACCUAACCCCUAAAUGCUCCUGACGAGCUGGUCGGUGCCUUACAUGGCAGCCAAUCGCUGUUGGUGUGUGAGUGUGUGUGAGUGUGUGUAUGAAUGGGUGAAUGAGAAGCAUCAAUUGUACAGCGCUUUGGAUAAAGGCGUUAUAUAAAUGCCAACCAUUUACAUGGGAAAUCGUUUUGCAAACGGCUCGGAAAAAUUGCAGUUAGACUUUAAAAUAUGCAUACUUCUAGCAAAAUUGCAACUUGAACGAGUAUGGAACACAAAUGGAAAGCCCGAGGAUUGUAAGAAAAGCUCAGGAACAGGAGUAUGCGUGUGGGCCGUUAACGUUGUCUCAUUGCCGGGAGGAUGUCCAGGACAUUCUGACAUACUGUUAUUAUAAUGGUAACCAACGUCACUGGAUCAACAGGAUUAAUGUCCUUGAACAGCAGUACAAUGUAAAUACCAGGAUAAAUAUUUCCAUUAAUAAACAAAGUCUGUGUGCUGACUGUGUAAGCAA